CCUAAGGCUCCCCUUGCUUCUAUUAAAAGCAAACGCCAUCAGCUGACCGCGUGGCUGGGCGCGUUCGCGCUACGUCUAGAAUGCCCUUACCCCGCCCGCGAUCCUCUUUAUCUUCCCCCGUUAGUCCCCGCAAACUGCCUCUUUCUCUUCCACCCAACUCCAAGUUCUCCCACCGCUCAGAAACGCAUUCACCACAUCCCGAAUCUCAAAUCUAUCUCAACCAACAUCUUCAUAAUGGCCAAGGGAGACUCGUCAUCGUCCAACGCCGCGGCUCAGUCCUCCUCGGGCGCGGCCUCAUCCGGUGGUGCUGGAUCUGGAUCCGGCUCUAGUGGGUACACGUACACCAGCUCGGGCGAGAACAGCCAGGGCAACCACUACUGCGCCCGCGACUACGGCUCCAGCGCCAGCAACCAGAACUCGUACCACUAUUCGAACACGGAUGGGAGUUAUUACUACUCCAACCCGAACGGCAGCACGUAUUAUAACGAUGGUAAUGGCGGGUCGAGCUAUUCACGGAACGGAUAG